ACAACAGCACUCACAACAACACACAAAACAACACCAACCUAUAAAGAUAACGUCGCCAUCACAUGAGCAUGUCGUCUCAUUGCUUCCUCUCUCUCCCCGCUCCCUCUACUCCCCCAUCAUGUCGCUCCCCCUCCAACCUCGCUGGGUAUCGAUAUUCCACCGCCGAGCUUUCCCGUCUUCCGGGUGUUUGGCCUUCCGGGGAUAACGACAAGCGACUUCGCUUCGAUAUUCGACCCAGAUGUAGCGCCAUAUCCAAGCCUCUCACCGAAGAAUAUGACGUGCUUCAAAAUGGUCUGCCAAUUAUCGAGUGGCAAGAGAUUGUGGAAGAUGACUUGGGAGUUGAAGGAGUUGAGGUUGCUUAUCCAUCGAGUGAGAUCGAGAAAUGUGUCGAAGCAACCAAGUCGAUGCUGUGGUCGAUGAGCGAUGGAGAAAUAAGUAUAUCAGCCUACGAUACGGCUUGGGUUGCUCUUGUAGAGGAUGUCGGCGGGAGCGGUAAACCACAGUUCCCAGAAGCUCUGCAGUGGAUCGCGGACAAUCAGCUUCCCGACGGUUCUUGGGGCGACGAUCUCAUCUUCUCCCCCCAUGAUCGAAUCAUCAACACCUUGGCUUGUGUCGUAGGUCUAAAGUACUGGAAGAUUCAUCCUGACAAGUGCGAAAAAGGAAUGUCAUUCUACAAAGACAACAUAUCUAAACUUGGAGAGGAGAACUCCGAGCACAUGCCCAUUGGGUUUGAAGUUGCUUUUCCUUCGCUCAUCGAGACCGCUCGGAAAUUGGAGCUCGAGAUAUGCGACAACUCUCCCGUCUUGCAAGAGAUAUACAAGAAGAGGAAUCUGAAGCUCAACAAGAUACCAAAGGACAUAAUGCACCAAGUGCCCACAACUCUACUCCAUAGCUUGGAGGGAAUGGAGGGCUUGAAUUGGGAAAAGCUUCUGACAUUGCAGAGCGCAGAUGGGUCAUUCUUGUUCUCUCCCUCCUCCACUGCAUUUGCACUCAUGCAAACCAAGGAUGCCAAUUGCUUGAAUUAUUUAAGUAGAGCGGUCAAAAGAUUCCAUGGAGGAGUCCCGAACGUGUAUCCGGUUGACUUGUUCGAACAUAUGUGGGCCGUUGACCGUUUGCAGCGACUCGGAAUCUCUAGGUACUUCAAGGAUGAGAUCAAAGAAUGCAUAAGUUACGUUCAAAGAUAUUGGAGUGAUAAAGGGAUCUGCUGGGCAAGGAAUUCAAGAAUCAGUGAUAUUGAUGACACUGCCAUGGGAUUCAGGCUCUUGAGACUCCACGGCCAUGAAGUGUCUGCUGAUGUGUUUCAACGAUUUAAGAGAGGGAAUGAGUUCUCAAGCUUCGAGGGGCAGUCGACGGAGGCAGUCACCGGAAUGUUCAAUCUCUAUAGGGCCUCUGAGUUGAUCUUUCCAGGAGAGAAGAUCCUCGAGGAUGCGAACAGACAUGCAUUGAAGUUUUUGAGAUGGAAACAAGAAGCUAACGAGCUAGUCGAUAAGUGGAUCAUAACCAAGGACUUACCAGGCGAGGUCGGGUACGCUCUGGAUGUUCCAUGGUAUGCGAGCUUACCUCGUGUGGAGACAAGAUAUUACAUAGACCAGUAUGGCGGCGAAAAUGACAUUUGGAUUGGCAAGACCCUCUACAGGAUGUGGUACGUUAACAACAAUGUCUAUCUCGAGCUCGCAAAGCUGGAUUACAACAAUUGCCAAGCUUUGCACCUCUCCGAAUGGGACAAUUUUCAGAGAUGGUAUUGCGAGAGCAAACUCGUGGACUUCGGGAUAAGUGGGAAGACGCUUCUUUAUUCUUACUUUACAGCAGCAGCAAGUAUUUAUGAACCAGAUCGGGCGAGAGAGAGACUUGCGUGGGCCAAAACGAGUAUGUUGGUGGACGCAAUCGCCUCGUACCUGGACGGAGAGGGAACCUCUCGUGAGCAAAGAAGAGCCUUUGUUCGUGAAUUUCAGCAGUUCUCCAGGAAACAGAAGCACAUAAACGGGAGGAGCUCCAUUCCCAACAAGGGAGGACAAGGGCUCAUUGCAGCUCUGCUUGGAGCCCUAGACCAGCUCUCGUUGGAAGUCUUGGUGGCUCGUGGUGAAGACAUUGGCCAUGCUCUCCGUGCUGCGUGGGAAAAGUGGCUGAUGGGAUAUGAAGAGGAAGGAGAUAAGUACAAAGGAGUGGUUGAACUCCUCGUGCAGAUGAUAGCUCUCGGCGCUGGCAACAGUACUCCCUCGGACGACCUCUCGUCUCAUCCUCAAUACCACCGUCUCUGCAAUCUCACCAACACCAUCUGCCAUCACUUGGCUCAUAGCCAAACUGAAAAGGCAUGCGAAAACGAGAACGUCCAAGCAGAAAUGGCCAGGCAAGAGCUGGUGCAGCUGGUGCUCCAGGAUUCAGCGCACGGGCUCAAUAGGGGCGUGAAGGACACGUUCUUCGCGGUCACGAGGAGCUUCUACUACACCGCCCACUGUGAUCCCGGGAUAAUCAACUCCCACAUUGCCAAAGUGCUCUUCGAGAGAGUGAACUAAAAUUCUGUGACAUAAAUUGGACGACACACGUAUAGAUCCAUUGGACUUGGUUAGUCAAUUAGGAAAAAGAAGGCAAAACACAUGGAAUAAACAAGGAAAGCCAAUGUUUCAUAUGCAGAAGCAGAGGGAAAAUAUAAGUACUGCAUAGGAUGAUUGUCAAUGCUUCAUUUGGUAAAUUCGAAAGUAAUACUACGUACAUAUAAUUGAAUAGAUCGUGCCAUGACAAGAUGGCCUAGCGAAAACAAGCAAGUGACAUGGAGAAUGACUAUAAUAUGAGAAAGUUGAG